AUGUGGAUGAUAAUUCAGUGGUUGCUUUUCGUAGCUAGUCUGUGUGGAAGUGUAACGAGUCAAAAUGGAAAUACGACUAAAACUGAUGCGGAGGACAAAUAUAAAGAAUAUUUGGUGGAUUGUGGUGAGUUACCAACUGCUCGAUAGAUAAAAAUUCGCUUUUAAAUUUGAAAAUGUUUCCAUGAAUUACUUUUGAGCCUGUUCAAGAAAUUCACGAUGACUUUAGCUCCCGCUUUGCCAACAAAUCGGCAUUUUGAGUCGAAAAAAGUCAAGAAUCAUAAAAAUUCAGAAUUUUUUUACUGAUAUUCACUACUCAUUUCCAAAAACCGCAAUUUUUUGUAUCAAACUUGACCGUAUGCAGAGCCGCUAAGCAAAUUAAACAAAACAAAAAAAUUUUGACAAUCACUUGCUGAGCUCUCACCAAUUUACUUUUACCAAUUUUACGGCCAACUUCUCCAAAGAGCAGAUAGAGGAAAAAGAGAAUGUAAUAAAAACGGAACCCAUCCUCAUUUUUCAGUUAUUGCCAUCCAGAACGUCUCCCAAAAUGAACUGGAAGUGUUGUCGACGGAGCUGGCCAAAGUAUUCUGCUUUACGAUCGAGAAGUCGCAGCUACAAAGACUUGAAGGCGAGAAGCGAAGCGGUCUGGCAUUUACGCCGGAUGGGAUGGUUAAUGACACCGAUUGCGAUGUUCAGGUGAGCUUUUUAAGGAAGGAGGAACUGCUCAAGGCAAGAUGCCACAUUUUAAGAUUUGGUCUUCACAAUCUAUAGGGAUCUCUUCUCAAUUUCUAAAAGUUUUAGCCGGUGUUUUUGAGUCUUUUCCAAAAAUAUUCAACGAUAUUUUUAAAGAAAAAACAUGACAAAAAAGGAGAAGUAGAAAAUGGCCACCGUUUUUUUGCAGAAGUUGCGAUGAAAAUCUCUGGAGAAUAGUUGAAAUUCACGCUCAUAAAUCAUAUUCUCCAUUGACUUCACUUUUUCUUUUUUUUGACAAUGCUUCUUGCAGAUUGCUACGGCCGCGAUCAAUCAAGACCAUAUCAUAGCGCGUUUUGUUUUAUCCUACAAAGAUACGCUGGUAAAAGCACGGGUAAGUUGAAAAAGAAAGCCGGCGAAUUUUGAUGACAUAAAGAGGUGUGUCCUUUUAGGUAGCCGUAGAAGAGAUUUCCCAAUUUACAUUGUCUCAUCUAUCAGCAUUAACUGGGCUGCCGAUCGUCUCAAUAAAACCCACAAAUCCCGACCAAUUUGUGAUUCCAUGGUGGAUUGUUUGUAAGUUGUCAUUAUAGCUUAUCAGUUAAAAAUCUUUUAGUAACAAUAAUUGGAAGUUGUUUGUUGAUUGGUUUCUUGGGAUGGAUAUGUAUGUUCAUAUAUUAUAAUACAUGCGGCUCACCAAUUGUUGUGAGGAAAUCAAGCAACACGGGAGAUGUGGAGAGUUUGCCGAAGAACGAUUACGUUGAAACAAACUAUGCCGACGAUCAACGGUUAAAAGAAAUGUGAGAAACUUUUUGAAAUUGGAGGAAAAACUUUACAUAAAAAACGUUUUGUCACUAACUACAAAAUGGACAUCUUAAGCUUGAUAUUAAUAUUUCAGACCACCACUAGAACUCCCCAACCCCAAAGCAGACGAUGAGAAUCCAUUCCAGGACAGUAUUUUUGAAGUCAAUUGUAAGUUUCAAGAUCACAAAGAUCACACAUAUGUGUGUUCUAGCCAAUGAUUUCCAAUUGAAAACGGAAAAACCUUCAAGUCCAUCUGUAAUUCCGCUCUUCGGAAGUAAAGACACGUUAGAAUCUGGAAGGGAAAAGGUCAAACCUCAGGAAGUUCCGGAAGCCACGGAGAAGGAAAUCCCAAACGAAACGUCAGAAGUUGCUCCAUUGGAAAAUAUCGACGGGUUACCAACAGAUCCUCCGGCUAAAAAAGAAUCUACCGAUACAAAACCACCCGUCAAAUUGCCAGAAAAAUGGUCGCCGUAUUAUGCGGCGGAGUUUGUCGAACAGCUCAAGGUCACUGUAAGUCAUCAUUUGUCAAUUUCGUUCUGAGUUCUUUGUGUAAUUCUAGGUUGUGGUAUAAUUAAAAAUUUCAGGAGCCUAACAGAUACGACGGAUCUCGGAGAACGCAUCCUCAGCCAAGUAUACAGACAGAUCUUGACAAUAUAGAUGUUGCUUAG